GAUAAUGCCUAAAAAAAGAUAUAAUAGGUAUAAUGAACAAUCGCAGCUGUUGAUUUUAAAUAUAUUGGCUUUUUUUCAACUAGAAAAGAAACAAGUCCGAAACGGAAUUGCACUUCAAAUUGAGAAUGUGAUACAGCGAGCCGCAGAUGCAACAAAAUUGAGCACAACGAUCGCAAAUAUAAAGAAGAAUGGGUUAAAAUCAGAUCAGGAUUACGCAGCCCGUAUAUCUUCCAAGCAAAAGACAGCAAAAACCAAAAUUACAACAUAUUUGAAACAUAGAAUUCGGGACACAAUUUAUUCUAUGUACGCCAGAAAAGAAUAUGUAAUAUUGGCAACAAUAAGAGAAAAGUUCAGGGAAGAAAUUGAGUAUUUUGAGUUUUCCAUUGACUCCUUAAGAAGAUGGAUCAAUAGUAUAGGCUUCAAGUGGAAAAAAUCAAAUAACAGAAAAUAUUUGAUGGACUUGCCAAAUAUUGUUCAUAAAAGAAUCAAUUUUUUAAGGGAGUAUAUCAAAAAUAGAAAUGUAGGUCCGGAAGGUUUUACUCCAGUUUUCAUUGACGAGACGUGGAUUUUUAGCAAGGGAUCAUUUCGUAGUAGCUGGCAAGAUGACACCAAGCACACGGAUUCAAGGAAAAACAGUGAAUGUCAUCGUUAUAUCGUGGUCCACGCCGGAACCAAAGAUGGCUUCAUCAAGGGUGCAAAUUUAAUAUUCAAGAGUGGAUUAAAGACGGGAGAUUAUAUGAACAGGAAAAAACUUCGAAAACUGGUUUAAAACUCAGCUGGUUCCAAAUCUUCCCCCAAUGUCAUUUAUAA